AUGCGCUUCGAAUGUAGCCAAUUCCCUCUAUUCCUCAUCCAUCUCUUCUUCAUCUCCUUCAAAUCAUCAAAUGCCAGUCAAAAUUAUCAGUGGUCUUAUGACUCGGACGUGUUCGGCGGUCCCGAUUUCUGGGGUCUCGUGGAGAAGGAUUGGUGGAUGUGUAAGAAGGGAAGACUCCAAUCACCAAUCGAUAUUCAACCAGAUCGAUUACUAUUCGAUGCCAGUGUUAAGCCAGUUCGGUUGGAUAAGUUGCCGGUCCUGUCGGAGUUUGUGAACACCGGUCAAAUGGUGAGAAUUCGAAUCGGAUAUUCGGCAAAAAAGCCGUCGGUUAAUAUUACAAGCGGUCCGCUAUACGGGUAUAGAUAUCGGGUACAACGCAUCGAUUUUCAUAUGGGUCGUGGAACGGAGAACGGCAGCGAACACACGAUAAACGGUCGCCGUUUUCCGAUGGAAGUGCAACUAGUCGCAUUCAAUACGGAUCUAUAUCCCAAUUUUACGGCCGCAUCGAAAUCUCCCCAUGGUAUUGCGAUACUGUCCGUUCUGGUGGAUUUCGGCACCCAAACGAACCAGGAGCUUAUCAAGCUAACCGUCGCCACCGCCAGCAUCAGUUACAAGGAUCAACGUGUCCAAAUGGCGGAUUUCGAGCCGUGGCGGCUGCUUCCCUUCACUCGAGAUAUCAUCACUUAUGAGGGCUCACUGACAUCCCCCGGAUGCCAUGAGACAGUCACAUGGAUCAUUUUGAAUCAACCUAUAUUUAUCACAAGGGAGCAUUUCGAAGAAUGGUCCCAUCUAUACCUAUCAAUGGAGGGUGCCGAGAAAGUCCCGGUGGCUCCGAAUUUCAGAAAAAUUCAAGAAACUAAUAAUCGAUUAGUGCGAACUAAUAUUCAGCAUAAGAUGAGUUACAACUGUAACGUGUCCGUCAACAAAAUCCACUACCGUGCGAAUCAUCUGUCGUCCGGAUCUGCCUCAUCUGAAAAACAAAAACAACACUCAACUAGGCGCCAUAAUAAUCCGUUUGUCUAA